CAAAGGCAAAGUACAUUACAGUCAGUUGAUAAUAUUUCCACUGUAUCUGACAAUCCAACUGCUACUCAGUCAAAUUUACCGAUAGUACUGAAGAGAAACCCAACAAAACGAUGCCUAGUUGACAGUCAAGAUGAACAACUUUGGCAACAGUUAGAAACAUUUGAAAAUACUUCAAAUAACAAUGAAAAGGAUAAAGAGAAUAUGAGUAGUAAUUUACGACGUCCUGUUGGUGAUGGCACUAUGUGUCGACUGACAAAACCACGAGGUUUAACAGGAUUAAGACAUUCGAAUAGAAAUAAUACAACAGAUUCGUUGCAAAGCUCGAAUACAG